AUGCGCUUCACCAUUGCAUCUGUCGGCAUCUUUGCCCUCUUCAACCUGGCCUCAUCCCAAGACCUUUCCGGCCUCCCAUCUUGCGCUCUUUCUUGCGCCACCGGCGCCAUCGGCUCAACUGGCUGCGCCUUGACUGACGCCAAAUGCAUCUGCACCGCCACCAACUUCCUCAGCGGUGUCGAGACCUGUGUCCAAGGUGCUUGCAGCCAAGCUGAUCAACAAGCCACCCUCCAAUUCGCCGUCAAGUUCUGCGCUCAAGCCAAUGUCACCAUCACUCUCCCAACCGCUCCCGCCACAAGCGGCGCUCCAGCUUCCACCGCUCCUCCCAUGACCCCGGCCACCAUGACGAGCAGCGCCGGUAUGUCCAGCAGCGCCAGCCAGGCGCCAUCGACCUACACCGGUGCCGCAAACUUCCUGACUCAAGACUGGACUGGUGUCGUGGGCGCCGCUGCCUUGGGAGUUGCUGCCCUGCUAUAAUGGCAUGAUCCAUGGUGGGGACGUGUCGG